AUGAAACGUUUUAAAAACUUUUUUUUAGAUGAUUGUCAUCUUCGGACAAAUCAAAUAAAAAUGCUUUUAUAAACAUUCUUACGUCAAUCACGUCCAUUUUACAAUCAUAGCAACUCCCAUAAAUCGCUUUCACGCAAAGUAAGUUUGUUGUAAAUUAGGCGUACCUUCUGUAAGAUUGAUAUUCAUGCGCCAUCUUCAGCGCCAUCCUUCAACGUCCAUUUUAUUAAGGAACAAUUGAAUGGCGAAUUAAUGUUCAGAGGUUGCAUAAAUGCAACACCCCGACAUUAAUCAGUUGUUUUAUAAGGCAUGCCGAAGGAAAAAUUAAAUAAAUUCAUACAAGCUGUUAUUGCCAUUGUGGUGUCCGUUAUAGUAUAUAAUCAUUGUCCACAAUGAUUCACACGUGACGGCCUGAAAAUUAAUUUUGUUUACAUUUUACUUUAUAUUUUCUGCCUAUGUUGGUACGUAGCAAUGCUUGUAUCAUUGCCCACUCUGAAUUUAAAGCGUAGGUGCUUAAGCUCUAUCGAAUGUUCUAGCGAUCUAGAAACUUCCAAAAGGGGCUGCAUCGGUUUUGCACUCUCAUCUCACCCCACUAUGUGUUCAACAACCCCGAGAAACGUCCAGACUCAUUCGGCGCAGGCGCGUUACGUUCCACAGGAAUAUCGACUGUCAGACCAAUGUAAUAUUUACAUUGCCGGUUCUAUAUAAAAGUCCCAAAACAUCAGCUUUUGGUUCGAGCUAACGCACACAUGUACCCAUCCCGUCCAUAAUAUACGGUCAAGUGUUUUUGUUGUCUGCGGUACGGUGCGGUGCGGCGUCGCCGGUGAGUCGUUCUCGAACAGUCCGGACGGUUCGCGAACCCGUGGCGCCGCGCCGCGACCCACUCGCUGUAUAAAUACGAUCGCACAGCUGUCGAGCGCUGCAGUACAAAUCGAGACUCAAGUGACGAACGUUACUCCCUGUACAAGAGAACUUUCGCGUUAUUAACUUGUGAAGUGCUUACUUGUGAUACAUUCCAGUGUUUUGCAUUCAAAGUAUGGAAUCUCCUGUUGUAUUGGAUAAACCACCGGAGUACCAUGGCAGUGAACGUGGUUUUCCGUUUGACGAAGACGAGGGGUCGGGCGCGUGGAGCGAGCUUGCGGCGCGGCACCCCGACAUAGCGGCGCGGCUGCGGCAGCGCCCCGCCACCUGGGCCAGGAAACGACGACCCUCCAGCCAGGACGCCACUGACGAUUUCGGCGACGGUUUUGGUGGCUUCGAUAGAUUCCCUUUCGACGACAUCCCGCCUGAAUUUAGAGAACACUUCCCUUCACAUUGGAACCGCAGCAGAUACGGAGCUCGCGAAGAACCACCACAACAAACACAACAGAACGCACCACAGUCACCACCGGCGCACCAACAGACGACAGCUACACAAACCGAACAGGAACCUGAACAAGGACCUUCAGAACCCAUACCACAAGCACACUUACCACAAUACGGACUAAGGAAUACCGUUGAUCUCGGCCAGAAAAGCGCCGCCGACCCUAGCCUGGUCGAUGCAGACGAAAGAAAUCAGAGGUCUAUGUCAGCUCCCCCAGACAGUUGCGCCUCGCCAAACCAAAGUUUCAAAAUGAGCGGACAGAACCACCAGGAGCAGCCACAUGGCGAACAGCAUGCCAACGUGCGGCAUAUACCUAUAUUUGUGGAGGGCAGGGACGAGCCAGUGAUCAACAAAUCGGUCGAUCACGGCACCCACUUCGGCGACACAAAGCCCGCAUUCGUGCCACCGCAGCCUCAGCCGCAGCAGCCACACAUUGAUAGAGAACAGUAUUUUGCAGAUGAUGGUCCCGUCGGGUACCAUCACCCACCUAACUUUGCUCGAGCUUUUGGCACACCUUUCAACAAAGGCUUCAGACAAGGGCCACAGCCUUUUAUGCAACAGAAAGCGUACCCUCAGGCAUUUGCUCGCGGCGCAUCACCACAGCGAUCUCAGUCUCCCAAACCCCAAAUGUACCCUGAAGAACAUUUUGCUAAAGUGCCCGUGCAUCAUGAGCAAAGCGCACCUAAGACUGAACCUCCGUCCAGAACUCAACAGCGGCAGCCGCCCCAGCAGCAACAACCCCCGCCAGCCCAACAGAAACAGCCCCCGCCACAGCAGCCGAAGCAGGCCACGCCGCAACCAGCUCCGCAGCGGGAGCAGACUCCGCCACAACCCAAACAGGCCCCUGUCAGCAACGACCCUAUCACACAGAUUCUCAGUAUUCAAACAGAUGUUUUAAAUCUUAUGACGGAAGUUGAGAACUUCACUGGUACCAAAAACGACAAAAAGUAUUUGUUCCUAGACGAGAUGCUCACUAGGAAUCUCAUUAAAUUAGAUACAAUAGAAACUGAUGGCAAAGAAAAUAUUCGACAGGCCAGGAAGGAAGCUAUUAAGUGCAUCCAAAAGUGUAUAGCUGUGUUAGAAGCCAAAGCAGAAAGUAACAGUAACCAGAAUCAACAACAAGAUGUUGAAAUGAAAGAGGAGGCGCAACCGGCGGCUGCACCAGUUACAGAAAACGGCGAGGUCGAAACAAAGGAAGUCACCAAAGAUGAGAUUCAAACCGAGCCACAAGUACAAGCUGAGCAGACGCCGCAAGCCGCGCCCGCCGCGCAGGACGAGAAGACUGAGUCAAAAGUACCCGAGGUUGCAACAGAGGCCAAGGUGGCGGACGACAAGCUCGCAGCCGCACCAGCCAGUGAGAAAGAAGCCGUACAAGCAGAGGCGGCCGACACGCGACCCGAGGACAAACCAGUCGCAGACACCGCGGAACAAAAGGAAGAGGGCGGAGACAAGAAUUCUGCAAAAGCCCCUAAAGAAGUAAAGAAACGCAAUAAGAGCAAAGAUAAUAAAAAGGAUGCACCCGUUGAUAGUAAUAAGCAAGAGAAAGCCGAGGAUAGCCUUAAGGACGAGAAGAGUGUAGAUGAUAUUAUGCAAGUGGACGAUAAAGGUGAUAAACCCAAGCCACAGGUGAUGGAAGUAGAUGGUGCUGCUAGUCAAUAAAAUUAGUUCGCCUUAGUAAAUUCUUGUUAGGUACACAGCCGUAAUCCGCGCGCACGGGGCCUAAGCGUAUGCCUUUCCUUAAUCUUCGUGUUAUAAUACUGUGCAUCAAUAACGCUGGUGUUUAUAUUGUAUUGUUUACGUUUGUACAUUUUACGUUUUUAAUAUUAAACAAAUGUGUAAAGAAAUUUGUUGUCCUCUAGGAUUUGAAAUGGUCUCCUCUUAUCCUAAUAUUUAAUUAAUUUAUUGUUUAUCAUAACUUGAUAACACAAUUUUCUCAAUAAAUAAUGAAUCCAUUUAA